AUGCCGUCAUUCAACCCAUUUUCCACUGUCACGGGCAAGCAUGCCGCUUCGCUCUUUGAGAUCAGGCUAGACAAUGACUUCAUUGUAUUCCGCGGAGGAGAGGACGAAUCUGCCGGUCAGGUCCUCAAGGGCGUCGUGGUCCUGUGUUUGCCCACGCCGCUGAAGAUCGAAGACGUCCACCUCCGUUUGACUGGCACCCACCGAUUAUCGUGGGAAUCCUACAAAACCGUCGCGUCUGGCGUCUCUACCCAAAAAGUCGACAAGACCACCAUCCUGCUCCAACAUCGCUGGGCUCCCUUCGUCGGCGGCACUGGUGGCAAGAACACUGUCUUACCAGCCGGCAAUUAUGAGUGGCCUUUUGAGUACACCCUGCCGGGCAACACCCCCGAGAGCGUCGAAGGCAUCCCCGAAGCGAGCAUCACCUACAAGCUCAAGGCCACCGUCGCCCGCGGCAAGCUCGCCUACGAUCUGCACGCCUACAAGGCGCUGCGUAUCAUCCGUACCCUCGAACCCGCUGCACUCGAAUUUCUGCACGCCAUGAGCGUCGAGAACAUCUGGCCGAACAAGGUUGAUUACUCCAUCAUCAUCCCGCAAAAGGCCGUGGUCUUCGGAGCCACCGUUCCUCUCCAGAUGCGAUUCACACCCCUCUUGAAGGGUCUCGAGAUGGGAGAGAUCUCCGUCAAGAUGCUCGAAAUCCGCGAAUGCACAUUACAAGGCCCCACGGGCAACGUUUUCAAGGAGCACAGGACCGAAAGAGAAGUUUCCAACUGGAAGUUCGACGUCGACCGAGAGGAGCAUUGGCACGAUACAAUCGAAGACACUGGACAGGAAGGAUGGAUGGUGGAGAAAAAGUUAAACCUGCCCAAGCGACUGAGACAGUGUGUUCAAGACCUGAACCAUAAUGGCAUCAAGGUCCGCCACAAACUCAAGCUCGUUGUUGCCCUGAAGAAUCCGGACGGUCAUAUUUCAGAGCUGCGCGCCACUCUCCCCGUCUCCAUCUUUAUUUCUCCCAACAUGCCCCUCGACGAACAUGGUGUUCUCGUUGACCAGGCCCCCGGUGCGCCGGCCCAGGCCGAGGUCACCAGAAUCGCGCCGCCCGGCUACGGCGAGCACGUUCUCGACCAGCUCUACGAAGACGUCGAUAUGAGCGGUUUCCAGACUCCGGGCAUCAUGACUCCGGGUAUGCAGACUCCAGGCAUGCAGUCUGGCUUCAGCAGUCCCUUCUACGCCCAGUCGCGCGCUGGCUCGUCUGAGAACCUUGCUUCCCUCGCCAUGAUGAACGGCCAUGGCGUCGCCCCUGCGGCUCUCUCUUCGCGUCUGCAAAAUGUUUCGCUAGACCCCACGCAUCGCAACACUUCUUUUAACUCGCUGAACGCAAUCACGGAGGACGUGGCGUUUCCGACGUCCAUGCCUACGGGGGCAAGUUCGCAGUCGCACUCCACUGCACUGACGCGCCAGAACAGCGCUGAAGAUCAUCCCAACCCGCACUCAUCCGGCCGCGCUUCGCCGGAACACCUCGACUUCUCUGAUAUGGCUACGUUGAGCAAGGUGCCCAGUUACACCACGGCUGUCAAGACCCCUCUCCGGCGGGGUGCAGGCAGCAGCGACGCGCUCCCGGACUACUUCUCGGCGAUGAGCGCUCCAAAUACACCACCUGCUACCGAUGUUCCUAUUGCGGACCCCCUUGGCAUGAUCCCCGAGUCUCAAGAGGGCGCCGGCAACGACCCCACCACACCAGGCGGCUCGCGCCGCUCAUGGCAUCGCCCCGCGAGUAUGAGCAACUUGCUUCAGGCAGUACAAGGCAACGAUGACCGUCGGCUCCACCUUAUCCAAGGACGGGAGAGGGUGUAUUGA